GAUGUAAAUGGCAGAGGAGUAUACGGAGGGCUGACUAUGCAGUCAGCUGUAAGGGGAAGAGACAGAGCUUUAGGCACGGAGGGAGAGACUCUACUUGGACUGGUGCGAAGGUAUAGCAGGGGAAGAAAGUGAGAUUUAGUAGGCACCGGUUGCCAGUACAUUAACACAAUCAGCGGACUCGACAUUCGGAGUAAACCAACUAGAAACGUGUCCUUUUGGACAUACUCGGCAGGGGGAGGCUGGUGGACAGCUGAAGCUUAAGUCCUAACAGCAGCUCCCGAUCUCAGACUGUUAAGGAAAUCUGCGGCUGCUGUCUUUGUCACUUUCACUACGGAAAGGACACGUCCAGGUCUCCUGACAGGACAACUUUGAAGGAGACAGCGUGGCAGCACCUAAGAGGUGCUUCAACCAGUAGCACAAUGAAGAUAAAUCAGCUAUAUCUACUGACAUUGGAGUUACUGACGUUCUUUUCAACAAGCAAGGCGCAAACACCGAGUCUGCCACCUGGAUGUCCAGAUGACUUACAUCCACUGUACUCUAAUGUCUGUGAUCUCUCAGUUGUCUGGGGAAUUGUUCUAGAAGCUGUAGCUGCUCUUGGUGUGGCAACGUCAUUUGUUAUAAUUCUAGUAUUUGUAUCAAGCAUACCCUUCAUUCAGGACAAGAAAAAGAAGAGUACACUAGGUGUACAGAUGUUCUUCAUUCUUGGAAAUGUUGGAUUGUUUUGUCUGGUUUUUGCUUUCAUUGUGAAAAAGAGCUUUGCUUCAUGCGCUUCCCGGAGAUUUCUUUUCGGUGUCUUCUUUGCAGUAUGCUUCUCGAGUUUACUGGCCCAUGCUGUCAGGCUUAAUUUUCUGAUCAGGCAUAAUGAUGGACCAAAGGGUUGGAUGACAUUCUUUAUGGCAUUGUCACUUACCACAGUGGAGGUCAUAAUAAACACUGAAUGGCUGGUCAUUACUAGUAAUGGAAAAAAUGCAACUGAUUUAAAUGAUGAUGUGAUGUGUAACAUCACCAAUGCUGACUUUGUACUGGCUUUGAUAUUUGUGAUGCUACUAAUAUGUGUUACAUUUGUUCUAUCACUGAAUGCACAGUUUGGAAAGUACAAGCAGUGGAAGAAACAUGGAAUUUACAUCCUUAUUUCCAUUUUACUGUCUGUUGUUAUAUGGGUAGCCUGGAUUACUUUGUACGUGGAUGCAAAUUCAAUAAUGGGGCGAGGCAGCUGGGAUGACCCGACAUUAGGUAUUGCACUUGUUAGCAAUGCUUGGGUGUUUAUUUUUUCCUACAUCAUCCCUGAAAUAUGUCAGCUGACAAAAUCGGUGGAUUAUGAAACUUACGAUGACGUCUGUUCCAGCAGGGGUGUUGGGUAUGACACCAUCCUGAAAGAGCAUUCUUCACAUAACAUGUAUCUGGAGAAUAAGGCCUUCUCAAUGGAUGAACCUGGUUCAGGUGGCAAGCCUGUCUCACCAUACAGAGACUAUAAUGGACAGCAAUGCCGUGUCAACAGGUUUCAACCAACAGCACUUGCCCUAAUGAACAGAAACUCACAGUCUAAUGGCAAUACUGACAUCAUAUUUCCUCGAGUGAACAUUAGUUCCAUAUCAAUCAACAGUGCAACCUCCACAAUUCGAGCAGAAGAUGCAUUUCCAGGUUAUAACAGGAAUGCCGCCCCUACAGAGGGCUCCAUCUCACAGGAUAGUGAUAUCUAUGUUCAACCCCAAUGGUGAAGAUUUUGGAAAACAAAGUGCAAAAUGACUUACUGCAGAUGACAUUUACAUUUGGAGAUACAGCUCUCUUCAAGCCUUCAGUUUUCUGUUAUGAUAGUCUUGUUACUGGAACUUGUCGAUUAAAGCCACGGUAACCAGGCAUCACCUAAAAUGAAUACUGCCUCAUGUUUGAAGGUGAAUCAGGUGUCAAAAAGUACAAGAAGUACAGCAACAAAAGGGAUAAUCCAGUGCAGUCGUAUGCUGAACUACUGUGAAAGCUUUGAACUCUUGUUUUCCAACCUUUGGACUUUGCAACAUGCACAUGUAUUUAUUUUUUUCUGUUUUUUUUUUUAAGUUUAAAUCAGGCUGCAUAUCUCUAAAAUAUUUAUAUGAGGGACAAGUAAAAUGCAUAUAGUACUAAUUCAUGCAAAUGUUAAUGAUAAACCCCAUUGCAGUUUUGCAUCCAGAACUGUUGACUUAAUUAUUUAGUGGAACUCUUAAAAAAGGUGAAACUUGGACUGCUGCCAUUUUCUGCACCCAUGUUUCCUCCAGUGCAUGUUGUCUGAGCUUUGCUCCUUCUGGUCAAAAUUACAUGAAUGUGACAUUGAUACUAUCAGAGGUAUCACAGAAAUAAUGCUAACAUAAUAUACAAAGGCUCAUGGAAAAAUGGAAAAGUAUAUCAUGUAAAUAUUAAUCAACAUGACAUAUUUCUAGAACUUGCUUUCUCCCUUUUCCUUUCCUUUUAUCUUUCCUCAUGUAUUUCCUAUUUUUCUUUAUUUACUCAUUACUUCCAUCCAGGUUACAAUCUUCUUUACUUGCCCAGCAAAUGCCGCAUAUAUUAAAGUCGUACAUGCCUAAAAGAUAAUGGUGACAUAAUUAUGAGCCCGGUGAUUCAUCUGUGUAGCAGAACCUGUUUCUGUCCAUACAGAGAAUCUGAGGGAGCGCUGUGGCUAAAAGUGACAAAGCGCGUGGUCUUCCACUGAUAGAUUUCCUUCCUAUCCGGCCUUCUGCUAUUCCACUUCUGUGUCCCUUUCCUUCUAUACAUUAGAAAGUGACUUAAUUCAUCUGAUGAGAUACAGAGUCAUAAAUAAAAAUGGCUGAUGAUGACUGCUGGAUUCGUUUAUCAGUCCAGCUCCCUACAUUUCCUACUGCCCAGCAUCUGAGAAUCUGCAUUCACUUGCUUAGCAUGUUUGGCUUCUUCUAUGUAUGUCCCAUGCAUUCUUAAUUACCUAAUCUGUUUUGAUUCCAAAAUCUGAAAUAGUCUGUUCUGCCUGCACUCUUUAUGCCCACUUACCUGAAACAUUAUCCUUCCCUUUUAAAUAUGUUCCAGUUUGAUAUACCUAACCAAAUCCUUCUAGUUAUACUUUGACAAUCGAAGAGUACCCCCUUAAGUUACACUGCUUACUCCACAGAAACACCCACAGGUCUUUGCAAAGUCUAUUUUUUUCUCCUCAAAAAUGUAAACAUCGAUGCCUUCAUUUUGUCCUCGUUUAACGUUUGUUUUUGACCUUUGUUCUAGCUGUUUGUCUUCCUCAUGGGUGGUAUCAAUUUCCCUUUGCACAUUGAAGGCAGUGGUCCAGGUACUGGGGUCAAUGCAUCCAACUCUCCCUCAGCCAUAUUUCCUGAUCUGACCUCUUCCCCCAGGAGGUCAACUAACCAAAUUAAGGUCAAGGUUCAUUUUGUGGUUUUGUAUGUGUGGAGCGUACCUGUUUUGUUUUGAAGGGACAGCCUUCAUCUUGGUUGUAGCGGCUUGUUUCAUCUUAAAUAUAUGUUUUGCAGUGAUAUCACAGAAUUAUGCACAAAUCUAUAAUAUGUUGUGUGACUGUCUCCCACACCAUCAUAGUUACAUGCCUUGGUACUUGGUCUCCACUUGUGUCAGGUUCUACAGCAAGUCUACCGCCAAGAAAUAAAAAUAGGAGAUUUUAAACCACUGCUGACUACAGAACGACAAGUAUUACUAGAGGUACAGGAGAUACCACACUUUCUUAUGAACUCAUACCUUACAUUAGCUUUGCUCUUAAGCAUUGGCUUGAUAUAAAACUGCCUCUGUCCUUUCAGAGAAAAGAUAAAACUGAGCUCUCACCUCUGACUUUUACAAAGGCUGUAUUAUUGACAAUCGUUCCUAAUGACCACACCCAACUCCAUGUACUCUCUCUUCUGGAUUAGUUUUGUACAACCAUAACAUAUUGGCUGGUUGACUUUAGCUUUUAUAAAACAGCCACUCCGUGGAUCUCUCAGUCUUAUGAUAACAUACAGCAAUUUUACCAAUAAUUAUAUUUCCAUACGUUUCUGCACUAGAACUCAGUGCUUUCGCACUUUGUUUUUGUAUUGAUUCUAAGCUGCCAGAUAUUCAAUAACAUGUUUUUCCUUGGUUCCUGCUGAGCCUUCACAUUGAUAUGUCUUUUUGUCAUUGGAUAAUGUGACUAUAUAAUCAUGUGCAGAGCCACAGAAAUGGUCAGAGGUCAAAUUUAUAUCCUACCUCACUUGUUAUUAUCAUUUGUUAUCUGUAAAUGGUUUUUAUCACCAUUCUGACCUACAACCAGUUUCUGAUCUCUCUAUAAUUCUCUAUGCAAUGUUGCACACACAUAUAUAUUAUAUGUAAUAAAAAGGUGGCUAGCAUACCUC